UUAUACCAUAACUCUUUACCUGCCCCUGUCACUAACUGUGACUCAGCACAUGCUGUUACGUAGAACCAGAACAUCAUGUUUAUGUACUUUGACCCAGUGCUAUCUGAGUUUGUCUGCAAUAGUUUAGAUCUACGGCAUGAAGCAUUACUGUUUGUGUGAUUGUGGCCUGUUUAUGUGGCAGACGGACUUUGGUAGGGGCCUGCUGACAGAUUCUGUCUGACUGACAAAGGUAACAUUUCGGUAUGGACCAUGCUUCCAAUCCAUGGUUCAACCAACCACGAGGCAGACCAACUUCAGAGAUGCACCCAUGGAGAGGAGUAUAUCCUCAGCGAGCACCUUAUCCUUACAUGAACAGUAGCUAUGGUUAUUUCCAAAAUUCUCACCCAAGAGGUGGUCACCAGCCUCCAGAUCCCUGGAAUGAUUACUAUUCCCACCAUCCAGCUAACACACAGAGACCCAGAGAUUGGGGUCGCCCAGCAUCAAGGACAGAGAUUUACAGCAGAGAUGAUAAAUUUGCUUACCGGCCACAGUCUAGCCAGGGAUAUUAUGAGAGAUAUGGAUUCUAUGAACCUGCUCCCAGAGAAAGCUAUGCCUAUGAACACCCACCUGCUGGAGAACAAGAGUGGAGUAGAAGAGCCCCCCCCACACACACAGAGCAAUGGGUGUUGAAUUCAUACAGUGGCUAUCACAAAAAUCAGACCACUGAAACCGACAGGAAUCAGCCACAAACUUCUGCUCAGAGCUGGUCUCAGGACUAUGAUGACAGUGUGGACAAAUUACAGUCAUUUAGUCUAGCGGAACCCAGUCUGUUGUCUCAGUAUCGUGAUUCUGGCAUGUCAUCCAGCAGUUAUGAGUUAAGUCAGUACAUGCAUGAUCCCUGUGACAGAAGUGACUCGUGGCAUCACGUGCUGGGAGAAGAAUCUUCAGUUUGCACUCCCCAACCCACAGCUCCGAUGAAGUUUUCACUCCCCCAUGUCUCUGUGUGCUUUGGGGCCAUGGGCCAGUUGGUCAGAGUAUGUCCCAACUUUCCAGAUGAGGGGCAACCUGCACUUGUUGAAAUACAUAGCAUAGAGGUGCUUCUUCAUACCACUGUGGAACAUGAGGAAAUGAGAAGAUUCCCUGGACCUGUACAAAGGGAAGAUUUGCAUAAGAUGGACAUCAUUAAUUUUUGCCAAGAAAAUGUGAGCCAGUGCCGCCAGUCACAGAGACCAGAAAGUAGUGACGAUGCUCUGCUCUGGCAGAUACUGUUACAGAUGUGUCGGCAGAACGGGUGUAUUGCUGGCUCAGAUGUGGCAGAGCUUCUUCUUAAAGAUUGUAAACGAGACACUUACCGGAUAGAGCAUCCCAACACCAAUCUUAUAAGCCUUAUUGAAGACCCCCUAUUGAUAUCGGACUGUGUACAAAUGGACCUUCUGACCGGGGAGACCCAACCAGCUGCUGAAAUUGCUGCUCAGGCAGUGGAGAAAUUCACAAAGCUGAUGUUCUACGGGCGAAAAAAAGAGGCUUUGGAUUGGGCAAUGAAGAAUGAGCUUUGGGGGCAUGCCUUAUUUCUCUCCAGUAAAUUAGACGCACGGACCUACAGCUGGGUAAUGGGACGGUUUACAAGCACUUUAGCCCAGAACGAUCCUUUGCUAACUCUUUUCCAGCUAAUGUCAGGACGGAUUCCGCAAGCAGCCACAUGCAGCGGUGACUCAAAGUGGGGAGACUGGAGACCGCAUCUGGCUGUCAUACUGUCCAAUCAGAUGGUAGAUUCGGAUAUCAACCGCCGUGCCGUCAUCGCCAUGGGAGACAAUUUAGUUCUUAAAGGGUUAACGGUGGCUGGGCACUGCUGUUACCUUGCAGCUGCGAUCCCAUUUGGCUAUUAUUAUGGAAAAUCAGACCGCCUUGUUUUGUUGGGAAGCAACCACAACCAAGCAUUUCAGAAGUUUGCCAACUCCUUGAACAUCCAAUGCACAGAAAUUCUGGAGUAUUGCCAAAGUUUGGGCAAACCAUCGCAUUGUAUCCCUGCGUUCCAGGUGUACAAACUCCUCUACGCCACUCGCCUGUUGGAUUACGGGAUGACGUCCCUAGCACUCCAUUAUUGUGAGUGCAUUGCCAAUUCAGUUCUCACUCACUCAGGAUCGGCAGUACUGAUAUCAGAAUUGAUCAAGUUGGCUGAACGUUUAAAAUAUUCUGACCCAAGAAUACUGGAUAGACCUGAGCCAGAACAAGAACUGGAACCAAAAUGGCUCACUCAACUAAAGUCUCUACAGUGGCAGGUAAAGGAAGAUAAAGGAAAAAAAUCUGAAGGUGGUGAAGAGCUCACAGAGAACACAGGCAAAGUUCACGUGAAUUCUGACGAAAGUAGGUCAUCCCCCGUGCCUUGCGAUGUCCAGAAUAAAGUAACGGGAUUUAUAGAACCUGAUCCAGUUUCUGAAGAACACUGUGAGCCACAAACAUCUGAUGGUUUAUCUGAGCCUCAAAAUUCAUCUGACGGAACUGGUCAUUGCUCCAUAUGGACACCACGACCCCAAACAAUGUACCCUAGUGCACCUCAGAACAUGGAAAAUAGCCUGCAGACUAUGCCACCUCUGACAACCAAUAACGAAUAUACCUCUGGUUAUAACACUUACAUAGAACCACAAGUACCAGACGUUACCAUGGCAGACAACAGUCUUCCUCAAACUGCUUUUAUUAGUGCCAAUACUCCUUCUCUACAGCCACCAUUAACAUCUAGGAGAGUCAGGACCAUAUCGGAGACAUCUACUGUGUCAGUGGAUGAAGAUGAUGAUGAUGAUGAAGAAAGAACUCAGGAGAAUGAACCACAGAGGGAGCCACAUGAACAGAAGAAGGGCUCCACUUUUGGAUGGUUUGGAUGGUUCCGUUCAAAGCAAGCCAAAGAUGUUGCGAAACCAUCGGAAUCAACAGAUCCCACACCUCAGAAGGAUAAGUUACCACCACCUCCUCCUAGUGCAGUUUCUUAUCCUCCUAUGUCUCAAGUUACGAGUAACAUGCCACCAAAGAACCAAACCAAUACAUUUUUCACAAACACAGGCUUUAAAGAAAUUGAAGAUCCGCGAAAUAACAAUAGCAGUUCAGUAUUAUCAGACAUUCAGGGUCAGACAGAGAACAUGGUGACAUAUGCAGGUUCUAGUUUGACUGUUCCAGGGGUUCAGACUAGCUCACCAGGUGGAAAUGUCCCCUUGUAUAACCCUUCACAGUUCUCUGAAACUGGACGUAUCACGAACAGACCCAGCCGCCCACCUCGAGGACGAUAUCCGCUGCGGCCAUGAUGAACAAUUGGAAUGAACAGCACUCAGGGAAAAAGAUCAAAUUAUUUCUCAAGAAUAACACCAAGGGUUGAUAAGAUUUUUAUUAUGGUUUUCGUGUACAGUGUAAA